UGUGAGGGAAGAAGAGCGGCCGUGCAGCUCAGUGAAGAAGUCUUAUGACUCGGAUUUGCCCCGCCGCCGCCGCCGCCGUCUCCUACUACCGUGGGCUGCUUAUGUCAACAGUAGCCUAGACCACCACCCCCACCUCUCGCUGAACAUCACCACCUAAAACACACAUAUCUCCACCCAGUUCUACAGUUUUAUUGGAUUGCUGCAAACGGAUUGAUCCAGUUACUUGCUGCAUAUGUUCAUGAUAACUCAUUCGGGUGAAAGAUGUUUCAUGUAUAAUGUUGGUGCGUUAUGAGCUCAGAAAACAGCUGCAGGAGGAGUAAAAACCAGCCUCAUCCUUCUUGACGCGUCAGACUGUAAACAUGUGAAUAAACAACACCAUCUCUCCGACAUGAGAAAAGGCACGACCUGCACGGCGUUAAGGUUUUUGUGGACUAUUUGAGAUACGGUGUGUUAAUACUUGUUGGGAGAAGAUGAUCUGCUGCAUCCUGCUGCUCCUCACACUGACCUCCUGUGUCUGUGGAACAUUUGUAGUGAAUGUGGCACAGAGCUCCUAUCAGGCAGAGGAGAACCACAACAUCACACUGGAGUGGAGCUUCACAACCAAACCUCACACUCCACCUGACUCCCUUUUUAUCAUAUGUGAGCUGUUAACUGAUGACCAUAAAGAUUCAAAAGUCCUGUAUCAUCUACAUGAGGGUGUUGAGGUCCCAGAGUCUCAGGAUGAACAGUUUUCAGGACGAGUCCAGUGUGACAAAGACGUCCUCAGAGAAGGACGAAUCAGACUUCAUGUGUCCAGACUGAGGACUGAGGAUUCAGGACUGUACCUGUGUGAGGUCAACACAUAUUAUGGUGCAAACAUUGGCAAAUGUCAACUCAGCGUUUCUGCAGCUGCUGACACAUACUCUGAGCCCAAACAUCAGAGUUUAACUGUGAGACCAAAACCAGAGAGUCGGGGAAGGAUCGGCCUCUAUACUGGACUGGGACUGGCGGCGGGAGCAGCAGCAGCAGCAGCAGGAGCAGGAGCAGCAGGAGCAGCAAUAGCAGUUCUACUCGUCAAACUCCGCUGUGCCUAUAGUCGUCAGCUGAAUCCGAUGACACGAGAGAGGGGGCCGAUGCUGGAUCAGAUCCAUCAGGACUAACGGGACCCUCAAGUCUGUCAGAAUGAGUCAGAGCAUCGGGUCAAGACCUGAGUCUCUCCCUCCAACAUCUGUUACAAGUCUCAGAAAACUGUCAUAUAUGUAAAUAUUGUAAAUUAACCUGUAUUUAAAUGUGAGACGUUGUUAUGGCUCUUCUGUGUGUAAAAAGACUAGAAAUCAAAGCUCAAGGUCACGGUGAGAGUUUUUAGCCAUUACUCAAGAUUUCACACAACAGUUGGUUCAUAUUUUCUGACUCUGGAUAAAAAGGGAUGUAACCUGAAACUAGUCUGGUGGCGACUUUUACUCAAGCACCUCCACUGAAAUCAAACCUUUCCAUCCAUUUUACUUUGUUGACUUCUAAUCUCUGAUCUGAGGCUUUAAACGUCUCCGGCCUCCUCCUAAUCAUCCCCACGCCGCAAGAACAUCAAUAUGUUUUAAUGUCCCCUGCCUCUACAGCUCGAGUGAACCCCCCCCCUCUCCACGCAGACCACCAUCCAUAUUAAUGACACAAGCAUUAACUUGCCUUAAAUUAGUCAGUGUUCGCCACAGCUCCCCAGCUCCCGCAGAGCUGCUCAACGACUCUCAGCAACAACACUCAUCAUGUCAACCUCCAUUUACCCCUCAGCCAUAUUUAUUUAACCGCGCCACCACAUCCAAACAACAGCCCCCCCCCCACCCUGAAGGGAAUACAUUUCAGCACCGGACACUGAAGCAGCAUAAAGAGACCGUUCACCCAGGAGAGUGUAAAUCACAACAGGAGACGAAAAGCUAGUUUAAAAUACUAUUAUUAUUAUUUAUGGUACUUUUUUCUCACAUGAGUGUUUUUGCAGUUACAAAAAGUUACAGUUACUGGUCCAACAAGCAACUUCUUCUCUCUCUCAAGUCAAUAAGUUUCCAGUCGGUUUAGAAAACGGCUGUUAUAAUACAAGAAUACACAUAGUAUGUACAAAACAAAACAAAAAUUAACAGGUAUCUCAUGUUCAGGGUCGUUUGGUAUUAGAACAGCAGGAAUCACCUCACGAACAAACUGAGGGAAUGAACAAAAACCAAGUGUGAAACUGUAACUUUUAAUGAACUUCAAAGCGGGAGAUGUGUUGCUUCUGAACAUAGCGGUUAACCAGUGACACUGAUAAUGCAGAAAAUGACAAAAGGUGUCUGUUUUUUCACUUAACUUCACCUUUCAACAGCCAAAAUAUACACGUUUCCUCUUCCAAAUCCCUCCCAUCACUCGUUGAGCUGCAGUGUUUUUAAACUUGAUUUACUCAGACAGGCAGAGCUGAACUCUGUCCCGGCCCCACGGUUUAGGAUAGCGGUUAAAGCUCGGGAGACUUUGGCAAGGUCACAAAUCACAAGACGUCAUGGGAGGUAAGAGCAGAUAGCGGUUAUUUAAAGUUUAAUGGAACGGGUGUGAUGGUGGAUAAUUAACCCGAAUGACAGGAAUCUGCCCUUGUGUUUAAAUUCCUUUUCAGUAAAGUUAAUGAUCAAGUUUCAAAAAACUAUUUAACUCAAGUUUUAAAGGAACAGUUUGGCACUUUGGGAUAAAAAUUUAUUCACUAUCUUGCUGAGAGUUGGACGAGAAGCAGCCAGUUAGCUUAGCUUAGCAUAAAGACUGGAAACAGAGGGAAACAGCUAGCCUGUCUGUCAUUUUUACACUUUGGUUUCUGAAUGGAUUAAACAAACAAGAUUGAGCUGUAACAAUUAAUAGAUGAGCUGAUGUAAAGAAAACGUAUUUCCAAUUUUAUCUUUUCUGAUGUUUUAAAGAGCAAAUGAUUAAUCGAAUAAAUUAAGAAAAUAAUCAGCAGAUUAAUCAAAAACAAAAAUGAUUUUUAGUUGCAGCUUUAAAGCGAAAUAUAUCAUGUUAAUUAGUGAGCUUUAGAUUUAACCCUUAAACAGAGCCAGGCUAGCUGUUUCCCCCUGAUUCCACUCUUUAUGCUAAGCUAAGCUAACCAGCUGCCGGAUGUAGCUUCAUAUUGAGCGUGAUGUCCAGCUUCUCGUCCAACUCAAA